AUCUGAUAUAUAUAUUGGGCAAUCAGCUGAUCUCUCAGCAAGAUUUAAGAAUUAUUUUAAUUUUAGUUAUUUAAAGAAUAGAGAUACUCUAGUAAUAAGUAGAGCUUUAAUUAAAUACCCCUUUAAGGUUUCCUCUAGAAUAUAUUCGACAAACACCCGUAGUAAUUUUAUAUCUUCAGAUAUAUGUCCAGAUUGUUCAUUAAACCCUUGAUUCUUUACUGGAUUUACAGAUGGGGAGGGUAGUUUUUCUUUAAAUUUCCAUGAGAGUUCUCAGACUAACUUAGGUUGAAAAGUUCAAGCGGUUUUUUCAAUAGGACUCCAUAAAAGAGAUGAAGCUCUAUUACAUCAAAUUAAACCAUUAUUAGGAGCAGGUAAAGUAUAUUCACAUAGUAAAGGUAAAGCUAUGCAAUUUGUUAUAAAUUCUAUGGAAGGAUUAGAAGCAAUUACUAAUCAUUUUGAUAAAUAUCCUUUAAUAUCUCAAAAACGAGCAGACUAUAUUUUAUUUAAAGAGGGCGUAAAGUUAAUUAAAAAUAAAGAACAUUUAAAAAGAGAAGGAUUUCUAAAAAUAGUAGCCCUAAGGGCUUCUAUGAAUAAAGGACUGUCAGAUAAACUAAAAACCAAAUUCUUAGAUAUUGUACCAGUUUCUAGACCUUUAAUUGAAUGUCCUACUGUACCUAAUCCCUUUUGAUUAGCUGGUUUUACAACAGCGGAGGGUUGCUUUUUAGUAAAUAUAACUCGUUCAUCUGCUUAUCGAGCGGGAUUUCAAGUAAAAUUAGUUUUUACUAUUUCUCAACACUUAAGGGAUAAACAAUUAAUAAAUUGCAUAAUUGAAUAUAUGAGUUGUGGAAAGGUUUAUGAGAAUAGAGAAUCAGCUGACUUAAUUAUUUCUAAAUUUAAGGAUUUAGAAGAUAAAGUUCUUCCCUUUUUUAAUAAGUAUCUUAUCCUCGGAAAAAAAUCUUUUGAUUACACAGAUUUUCUUAAAGUGAUAGAAAUUAUGAAAAAUAAAGGUCAUCUAACAACAGAAGGUCUAGAGGCAAUUAAAACAAUUAAAGGAGGAAUGAACAAGGGAAGAAUAUCAUGUGAAUCAAUUUCUGCGACAACUUUUCUCUAACUAUGCUAGAAUAUUUUUCGAAUUUUUCAUUAGAGAUUUUAGAAUAUUGUGAUAUAGCUAAUCUAACAGAAAGAGAACAAUAUUAUUUUUAUAAAUUAAAUCCUAAGUACAAUACUUUAAAAAUUGCAGGUAGUUCUUCAGGUCGUAAACAUACUGAAGAGACUAAACAAAAAAUUAGUAAAUCUUUAAAAGGAAUUUAUGUUAAAGAAAAAUCUGCUUGAUACGGUCGUACUCAUACUGAAGAAACUAAAGCAUUGAUGGGUUUAAAAAAGGCUAAUGAAAAUAAUCCUUUAUAUGGUAAAACUCAUAGUGAAGAAACUAAAGAGUUAAUGAGACAAAAAGCUUUAGGAAGAAAACAUUCUGAAGAAACUCUAUUAAAGAUGAGUGCUAGCAGAGGUUAUCUUGUUUACAUACAUGAAAAAUGUGAUUCAGAAGGAUUUAAAUUAAUCGGUAGUUUUGUUUCAAUAAGAAGAGCUGCGAAAUUUUUAGGAAUUAGUAGCAAUACUGUAAGACUGUACAUAAAUUCAGGUCAAAUAUUUAGGGCCCGAUAUAAAUUUACUGGAGGGGCUCCAAAAUAAACUUAAAAAAAAACUAUGAGAAAAAUUCCACUAUAUGCUGGAAACUCCUAAAGCUUUUAGGUACUAUAAAGUUAAUAAAUAUAUAUUAAAUAGUGAUAACCCUAAAAGAUG